AUGUUCAAAAUGCAACUUGUGGUAAUUGUAGCUAUCAUCGCCUUUGUUGGCCAAACCCAAUCCUUCCCAUCGGAUAAUCCAGAUGCCCAUGCAGAAAUUCGCAGUUUUGUGAACGAACUGAAACAGGACGAUGGCAGCUACAAUUAUCAAUUCGAGACAAGCAAUGGCAUUGCCCAACAGGAGCAGGGUGUCGGUGGUUACUAUGCAUCGGGAUCAUCGCAAUAUUAUACACCAGAGGGUCAGCUCAUCCAAUUGACGUACACAGCCGAUGAGAACGGUUUCCAGCCACAGGGCGAACACUUGCCCACUCCACCACCCAUUCCAGAGGCCAUCUUGAAGUCAUUGGAAUGGAUCCGCAACCAUCCCGAGGAGAACAAUGAGGACCAAUACGAUCACAAGCACGAUCAUCAUGAGCAUGCUGCCCAUGCCCAUGCCGGCCAUGCUGGCCAGCAGCAAAUCCAGCUGCCAAGCAAACAAUAUUUGGCUCCCCAGGCUCAACAGACUCUGCCAGUGGCUGCUCUAUUGGCUCCAGUUUCGGCCUCAAGCGGUGUCCUGCCCUAUGAGAGAAAGAUUUAA